AUGUCUUCCUACGUCGUCGUCGGUGCCUCUCGUGGCCUGGGGGUGCGCUUCGUUCUCCCUCAAGCCAAAGACAAGAACAACACCGUCUUCGGUGUCGUUCGCAACCCCGCCACUGCCACGAAGCUCGCCGAGCUCGCGACCUCUCUUCCCAACGUACACGCCAUCCAGGGCGAUCUCGAUAACGCCCAGACUCUCCAGACUGCCGCAGAGGACGUGGCCAAGGUCACUGGUGGCACGCUCGACGUCCUGAUCAACAACGGCGCCGCCAUCAUCACCCCGUAUUCCAUGUUAACUCUCGACAACCCCGACCCGAAGGCUCUCGAGGAUGACCUCGUCGGCGGGUUCCGCACAAACACCAUCGGCACCAUCCACGCCAUAAACGCCUUCCUCCCGCUGCUCCGCAAGGGCGCGAUGAAGAAGAUCGUCUGCGUCACCUCCGGCGCCGGCUCGAUCGAGCUCGCGCUCAAGAUCAACUACGACGCCAGCUGCAUGUACUCGAUCUCCAAGGCGGCCUCGAACAUGGCCGCCGCCCAGUUCGCCGUCGCGCUCCGUCCCGAGGGCUUCACCGUGCUCUCGAUCAGCCCCGGCUACGUGAACACGAUGACGGAGGACCCCAGUGCGCAUCCCCCCGCCCCUUCCUCCGUGCGAUUCGUGAAGCAGAUGACCCAGGCCUGGCAGAAGCACUACCCGAGCUGGGACGGGCUCCCGAAGACCCCCGCGGUCGCGGUGUCCAUGAUCCUCGACGUCAUGAACAAGAACGGCCCCGAGAACUCCGGCGCGUUCCUGUCCCACCACAACAACCAGGAGUGGUUCUAG